CGCCGCCGGUGUUCCGGCAGGCGCAAAAACAUGAUACACUUAAUUUUACUAAUGUAUCCAUACAAAUAAGACUAAAAAAGCAUACGAUAAUUAAGCUUGAUGGUUUAUGUCAAUUUGUGUAGUGAAUGUCCUUGUUACGUAGAGUAAUUCGAUGAAUGAAAUAUCUCUUAGGAAAUUAGCAGAAUUCCGCUGGUAGCCAAAAUGCCGGACUGGACUUGGAUGUUGUUUUCGGCGCUAUUCGGAGCUGUUUCUGCGCUAACUGUUCCACUGUUACUUCUCAUGUAUUACGUACGGCCGUUUGAAAAGAGAACUCAAGAACUGGACCAAUUUAAUAUGCCAGUCACUUUGCCUCUGGAAAUUCUGAACGAGCUUACACGUGGAGCCGGCAGCACUCCCGAGGGCGCUCUGAACGCGAUGCUGCAGUUCAUAUUCCAACAAAGCACUGCCGAUACUCGCUGGUUACGACGCCGUAUGGCUACCGAACUUGCUGAGUUGCUUGCUAAAACAUCUUCAGGAAAGAUAUUUGAAUCUCUAACGCUACGUUCCUUGGAAGUUGGCACUGAGUUUCCUAGUAUCAACAAUCUUCACCUACUUAGCGGCGAAUUGGAGGAAGAUGGGGCAAGACUCAGGUCCUUGGAUCUAAAAUUCGAUCUUGCCUACGACGGAAACUUCAGGAUUGACGUAGACGCUGUGAUGCUGCUUGGCAAGAUUGCUAAUAUAUCGAUUACUGUUGAAAGUCUAAGCGGCAAUGUACGACUCAUGUUUCGACGCACUCCGUAUACCCAUUGGGCGCUUGCUUUUGAAGCGCCGCCAAAGUUGGAGUUGAAAGUCCGAGGUCGAUUCCAAGGGCGGCAAUUAAAGCCGAGACUGGCAUCGCUGGUCGCGGCCCAUAUCAGGAGGGCAGUCGCACAACGGCACACCCUUCCCAAUUAUAAGAUAAGAUACAAACCAUUCUUCCCAAAAUCUGAGCCGGGUAGUGGAGAAGCUGAUGACGGUCCCACUCCUCAAGGUCGACUGACGGUACGACUUGUCGAAGUUACUCGAUUGCAGUGGGCAGGAGCGAGUGGGACAGUAAGGGCUGCUUUAGCUGUGGAUUCACAUGCAUGGGUAUCCCUACGUCGUGGUGUUUUAGUGUUGGAUGUAGUGUUGCCAGCAGUCUCCGGUCCGCUCGGCCUCGUUUGCUGCCAGGGUGUCGGAGUGGUGCUGGUAGAUACAGUGGUGCCAAUGUCGCCAGCAUAUCGCGCCGAUUUACGACGAGACGAUGUCGUACUGGCCAUCGAUAAUAAGCCCAUUAAUAAUGUCGCUCAGGUUGGCAAACUCCUUCGUCUGGUAGAACGGCGUGCUGUCACCGUGCGAGUUCGACGAGGCGGCAGUGGAAACUCAGCGCGCCGUGAAGACAACGCCGUCGAACCGAAACGGAUCAAACCUAACUUUUCAUUCAGAAGAGUUUCCGAAGUAAUGGAGGGAGUUAGACUGCAGGGUAUUAGAGCUGCGGCUUCUAAGAGUAAUUUACAGGAAUCCGAAUCACCGGUUAAAGCUUCUGUUGAAUCACACAACGAGACUGACGCACAAUCCAAACCAAAAACAGAACCGGUUCGUCAACUUUCCAAGUCAAAUGACCAGCCUUCACCUUCAGCCAAUUUCGGUCUUCGUAAGCGCCGUUGUUCCGUGGAAAAUAAAUCUUCAGAUAGUUCUGCGGGUAGCACACCACCGGCUUCUGGAGCCAGUACACCCUUGCGACAGUCCACGGCUGUGAACAAAACCGUCAAACACCCCGAAAUACCUAUUAUUAGAACUGAUUCCUCCGAAUGUAAAGUUACGGAGAGAGUUGAAACACUUUUAGAUGAUGAUGAAUUAUUCGAAACAGGCGGCCCCAGACAAUGCGAACAUGUUGAGAUAUGCCAAAUGUUUUUGACUAAAAGCAUCCAGCUCAAACCCAUCAUACCGUUUGAUGAAGAAACCGAAUUCAAAUUGAACGAGAAUCAUAAAUAUUUAAAUAUAAACGUAUGGGCAACGGUAACAGGAGAGAAAGAUGAAGUUUUGUUGGGAUACUUGAAUAUUCCACUAGCCGCGUUAUUGAGCGAAUGCCAGGACUCGACAGUUCCACAUCAUAUGAAACGAUAUCAGUUUUUACCUCCCGAUGUCGAUAUUAAAUUUAGCAAAAGCCACAAACUGGCUUCACAUGCAGGCUUCGAGCCAUGUCUAUGUUUUGGAGACGCUCUGGUUUGGUGGGAAUGGGAUGGGGCAGCUACUCGCAGUGCUCCUCGUCCUCCUGUGAAAGACUCAGCGCCUCCUCGGCCCCCCAAAUUGACCAGAGCUGUUCACGAUUUUGUACGAACUCACUUCCACAGAUCCACUCAAUGCGAUUUUUGCAAUAAAAAGAUUUGGUUGAAAGACGCAAUGCAAUGCCGUAGUUGUGGUCUUUGUUGCCAUAAAAAAUGCGUUACAAAGUGUCAAGAGUCUUCGCCGUGCGUACCUAAACAAGACUUAGGCUUGAGCUGUCCUCCUCCUGAACUGAUUAUGACAGAAGCUGACUCCGUUCCCGACCCUGACUCCGACGAAGAACCCGAUAGAAAAGACUCACUUGAAGUUCACGAAGAAGGCGGCGGCGCUAUGAGCGCGCUGGUGGCGGGGCUACGGCGUGCUGGCUCUGCACACUCGCUCUCGGCUCCCAAAACUUCAGCUUCUUCCAGGUCUUUACCGCCCUCACCAAGCCAUACCCCCAGGAAGCAGUCGCUGGAGUCGGUGGGCAACCCGUUCGGCGCGUGUGGCGUGACGUGGGCACAGCGGGGCGACGUGAGCGCGGUGCUGGCGCCUGCGCUGCGCAGCGCUCUGCCGCCGAACGCGCUGCUCGCGGCCGCCAGGGACGCGGCGCCUGAUCUCGCCGCCAGCCUCUCCGCUCAACAGAUACACGAUAUGUUACUGGCAGUUCGUGAGGAGUUAUCAGCAGAAGAUGCAAGUGUACCAGACGGGGCUGGUGGCGAAGGACGGGCAUACGCACUAACAGCGCUGAUGCUGCACUGCUGUGCCGCCGCACAACUAGCGCAGCAACGUGCUGACGCCGCACCUGAUAACACCUAA